AUGGCUGACUACGACCGCGACCGCCGGCAUAACAACUACAGGGGAGGUGGAGGUGGGCGCAAGCGCCGCUAUCGAGAUGACGACGAUUACGAUCGCCGACCCCAGCGACGCAGAUACGAGGAGCCGCUCUUCGUUCAGGUCCGGCGCCAACUGCUUACGAUUGCCGAAUCUGCUGCGCGCAGAGUUGAAGACGAUAUUGUCGGAAUCGCCAAGUCUGUAGCGGAUCAUUAUGAAGAUGAGGAGCUACGUGAUACCCUGGUUAACAUCUCUCUCGACCUCGUUCUGGAACAGCCUAUGAAAAUUCCUUUCGUUGCCGCGGUCACCUUGGCCACUCACAACCUCAAGCCGGAGCUUAGCGCGGAGGUGCUCAAGAAGGCUAGCAACCUCCUGCAGAAACACAUUGAUUCGGGAUCAUGGCGCGAGGUCAAGCUACUCAUUCGAUUCCUGGGCAGCUUGCAAGCUAUCUUUGAGGGUGAUGGUAUUUUCCCGCUUCUGGAGGAGUUCUUCGCCCGGGCGGCUGAUCUCCAAUCCGCGUCUUCCGAGGAUCUUCUCGGUUUGGAACUCGUCAAAGUCAUCCUGUUCACCAUCCCGUAUGUGAUGUCUUCCCCCGCGACUGGUUUCGAAGCCCAGGCCUCGGCCCUUCUCGAGAAAACCGAUAUCAUCGCAUCGACUCCCCACGCUCUGGUCGACCUGGUCAAUACAUUCAGCCCGGAUGAGAACAAGGAAGCCGCGGGUCCCAGUGUGAUCGGCUUGAUGCAAAGCCAGCUACAAGCCGAAGCUGGUCAGGGCUGGGAACUGAAGUGCCUGCCUCGUCCUUGGAAAAGUGUACAAGAAGAGAGCGAGGAGCAGAAGCCCUUUGAAGUCGUGACCAAGAUUCCUUUCCCGCAGAUCACCGUUCCGAGCGCAGUUCCCAAUGGCCCUCGGCCGCUUUUCCCGGAGGUCUAUCUCUCGGUAUACGCCGAACAAGAGAUCUACACGGUCCCUCCAAUCUCGGAUAUCACAUCUUCUAUCGCGCGAGAUGCUUUGGUAGAUACUAUUAACCUGCUUGACUUCAACCGAGUUGCCACAGCCAAGUAUCUCAUUGAUAUUGACUGUUACUUUACUCCUUAUACAUUCGUCAAGCGUGCGACUCCGUUCGACCGCAUGCGCGAUCUGGCUGGCGAAGGACAGUCCUGGAAGCCAGAGGAUGUGGCUGUGGAUGCAGUUUUCUCACAACUGUACCAGCUGCCUACUCCGGAGCACAAGCUCGUUUACUACCAUUCGGUUUUGACCGAGUGCUGCAAAAUCGCCCCUGCCGCUAUUGCGCCGAGUUUAGGCCGUGCUAUUCGGUAUCUCUAUAACCAUCUUGAAACCAUGGAUCUGGAGCUCAGUAACCGUUUCCUUGACUGGUUCGCCCACCAUCUGAGUAACUUUGGCUUUACGUGGAAGUGGAGCGAGUGGGUUGAAAAUCUCGAACUCCCCGCCAUCCAUCCUAAGAUGGCUUUUAUUCACGGUGCUCUUGAUAAGGAGAUCCGCCUGAGCUUUGCGCAACGCAUUAAGGGCACGCUCCCGGAGCCUUACAUUCCUUUGAUCACCGAAGGCAAGGAGAAGGAUACUCCCGAGUUCAAAUAUCUAUCCGAGAGUAAGUCGAUCCCUCGCCUCGCCUCGCCUAGUGAAGAGAUCCGGAUCAGAUCACAACUAACACCAGCCACAGUGACCCCGUACUCCAAGGAGGGCCAAGAACUCGGCCAACUCAUCAGAAAAAAGGCCAGCGACGACGAGAUCCAGCCCGUAAUCGCAGCCAUUGAGGAACAAGCCCAAGGCCUAGGCGUCGAAGAUCCCAAAGUCCCCUCAACCGACGCCUUCGUCACAGCCAUCUGCUUCGUGGGCUCCAAAUCCCUCUCCCACGUCCUCUCCUGCAUCGAGCGCAACAAGGAGAGACUCCUAUCCGUCGGAUCCGCCUCCCACCAAGCCCGCGGCCAAAUCAUCACUUCCGUAAUGGAAUACUGGGCCGACCAACCUGGAAUAGCAAUCAACAUCAUCGACAAACUCCUAAACUACACAAUCCUAUCCCCACUCUCCGUCCUAGAAUGGGCCCUAAACGAAUCAAUCGCUGCAGGAACAAUCUUGUCAAAGCCACACAUCUUCGAAAUGAUCUCCGCAACAGUGGGCAAAGUCACGAACCGCAUGCGCCAGAUCGUCGCGGCUCGCACUCAGUCUGGUCUCUACGAACCACAGCUAAGUGUUCUCGAUGAAACGCUUUCCCGUGAGCGUGUCGAGAUGCAGGCCCUGUUUAAGUUCAUUGAGGAUGCUAUUGUUUCCGUUGCUGCGGGAAGUAAUGAUGAGCUUAUGGAGCGGGGUGAUGGGUCGGGCGAUCUUCCUGAGGAUGCGAUUAUUCGACAGUGGGGUCGGAGGUGGUUGCGCGUCUUUAGGAGAAAGCUUGGUGUUGAGGAGGCUUUUAUCAAUGAUGCUUUGGCUGGGGCUACGCCUGUUGGGACUGAGGCUCCUGCUUUGACUCAGGGUGAUGAUGGGGAUGUUCAGAUUGGUGAUGCUGAUGCUGAUGCUGAUGCUAUUGCCGAUGGUCAAUGA